CGUAUGUAGUCCUACUCUUCCGUCUUGCUGCAUUGUGUUAUUCUGUCAGAGAGAAAUUAGGAGGCCAUUGAAGUCGUCGGACUGAGGAACAAAAUAACACAAGUUUUGGGACAUAACUGUGAAAACAUGUGGUUUAAGCUCGCCGUGGUCGCUCUUGUCUUUCUAAACGCCAGCUGUCUGGCUAAAGAAACUCCCCCAAAAGUCCAAGUGUACAGUCGCAACCCUGGUGAAUAUGACAAAGAGAACACGCUGAUCUGCUAUGUCAGUGGAUUUCACCCUCCUGACAUCACCAUCGAGCUCCUCAAAAAUGGACAGCCGAUCGAGAAAACCACACAGACAGAUCUGGCCUUCGAACAGGGUUGGUUUUUCCACCUGACAAAGUUUGCUGCUUUCAAGCCCCGGCCUGGAGAGGUGUACACCUGCCAAGUCCGUCACCUCACAGAGACUAAGACCUACACAUGGGAGCCUGACAUGUGAACACACAACAAUUAAUGAAAACCAAAGAUCAACAUCACUCAACAAUUCUCCAUAAUUCUCCAAGCUGCUCCUGCUUUAAAUUCACCGUGCAAUUUUUGAGUCAUCCAGGCCUGCUCCUGGAGGGCAACACUCUUGCAGAUCCGGCUCCAAUCUGACUAGAAGCAGCAUCCAAAAAUCACGUUCAUCCGUAUAGUAGGUGGAAAAGAGUAUACAACAAAAGAAGAAAGAAAAAAAUGACGACAACAUGUACAACCAGAUUACAUUAACCCUUUCACACAUGACACACAGGACGCAGGAUGUAUUUUCAUGUGUUUCUGAAGAAGAUGAUGAAUUAGCAUGUUGUAAAUCCAGCAGCUCUGAUAUCAGCAGCGUAGAUUAAACAUUGCAGCAUCUAUCACCAUUCAUACAUCAAAUAAAAUGAUCAUUUUUAACAUGUUCAAAACACAAAAUACAUGCUCUUAUGCAUAUUUGAGAAUUGAAAUAUCAAAUUUUGCACAAUAUAAUUCACUUUCAGGCAUUCAAAUGCACAUAAAUACUAGCAAAACAACAUUUAUGGUUUGUAAAAUGCACACUGAUGUCUAUGGAGACGGCAAUGAUAAUCAUUUUUAAAUAUAACUUGACGAUGUGCUUUAUUGAUGCAAGAUGCACACUGUUCCUCUCCCAGUAAUACUUAGUUUUAUGUAUUUCGGAAGAAGAUGAUUAAUUAACAUGUUGUAAAUCCAGCAGCUCUGAUAUCAGCAGCAUAGAUUAAACAUGAUGGCGCUCAUCACCAGUCUUAUAUCAAUUAAAAUUAUCGUUUUUAACAUGUUUAAAACACAAAAUACAUGUUAUUAUGCAUAUUUGAGAAUUGAAAUAUCAGAUAUUGCACAAUAUAAUUCCCUUUCCACAUUCAAAUAUACAUAAAUACUAGCAAAACAACACUUAUGAUGUAAUUGCAAUUAAAUAUAUUUGGACGAUGUGCUUUAUUGACGUAAGAUGCGCACUGUUCCUCUCCCAGUAAAUCUUAGUUUCAUGUAUUUUAGAAGAUGAUGAUGAAUUAACAUGUUGUAAAUCCAGCAGCUCUGAUAUCAGCAGUGUAGACUUAACAUGAUGGCGCUCAUCACCAGUCUUACAUCAAAUAAAUUGAUCAUUAUUAACAUGAUUAUAACAUGAAAUACAUGUUAUUAUCUCUAUUUGAGGAUCGAAAUAUUAUAUAUUUAUUAUAUGUAUAUAUUCGGACAUUUAUAUACACAUAAAUACUACCACAUAACAACUUAGUGUGCUUUAUUGACGUAAGAUGCAUACUGUUUCUCUCACAGUGAAUCUUAGUUUCAUGUAUUUCGGAAGAAAUUGAUGAAUUAACAUGUUGUAAAUCCAGCAGCUCUGAUAUCAGCAUAAAUUAAACAUGAUGGCGUCAAUUCUCGUCUAAUCAAAUAAAAUUAUACCUUCUAACAUGUUUAAAACACGAAAUACAUGUUAUUUUGCCUAUUUGAGGAUUGAAAUAUUAUAUAUUUCGCAAUAUAAUUUGCUUUUGGACAUUUAUAUACACAUAAAUACUACCACAUAGUGACCUAGUGUGCUUUAUUGACGUAAAAUGCAUACUGUUUCUCUCCCAGUGAAUCUCAGUUUCAUGUAUUUUGGAAGAAAAUGAUGAAUUAACAUGUUGUAAAUCCAGCAGCUCUGAUAUCAGUUGCGUAGAUUAAACAUUGCACCAUCCAUCACCAGUCAUACAUGAAAUAAAAUGAUCAUUUUUAACAUGUUCAAAACACAAAAUACAUGUUCUUAUGCUUAUUUGAGAAUCGAAAUAUCAGAUAUUUCACAAUAUAAUUCACUUUCAGACAUUCAAAUACACAUAAAUACUAGCAAAACAACAUUUAUGGUUUGUAAAAUACAAACUGAGGCCUAUGGAGACGGCAAUAAUAAUAGUUUUCAAAAUAUAGCUGGACAACAUGCUUUAUUGACAUAAGAAAGCACGUAUUGCACGAUAUAAUUCACUUUCAGACAUUCACAUAAGAUGCAUACUGUUUCUCUCCCAGUGAAUUUUAGUUUCAUGUAUUUCUAAAGAAAAUUAUGAAAUAACAUGUUGUAAAUCCAGCAGCUCUGAUAUCAGCAGCAUAGACUAAACAUGAUAGGAGCAUACACUAAACACUUCAUGCUUAAAAGACAAUGUUCUCACGCAUAUUUGAGAAUUAAAAUAUCAGAUAUUGCACAAUAUAAUCAGGAUGUUUGUCAAUGUUUUCGGAAAAGGGAAAAAAGAAAACACGAUAUAUAAGUAAAUCAUUAAGACUGCCGUGUGUAAUAUGAUAAACUAGAUAAACUAGACCUGUCGCCAUGGGAAAAUUAAAGCGAUGCAUUUUAAAUAACGGUCAUGAUAAAAAAACUUGCAUGUGGAAAGGGUUAUUAAUACUUCAUACAUUCAUGUGUUUCAAGUGGUAGCAAUUUCUACUUGAGAGAAAACGUCACAGCCGGAGCUUCUUGUUUUUCCGAAGGCUUUGAUUAGCUGGUUGAGGUGUGUUUAAUCAGACAUGUGGAUUGGAUGUAGACUCUGUGGGACACUUUUACCCUCUAGGAGCAGGAUUGAAAGCUGCUUCACGGAUUAGGACAGCAGUAUCUGCUCCUGCAAGGCCAGCGUCCUGCAGAGUUUAUUUCAACACCAAUUAAACACUCCUGAACCAACACUGGACACUUCUGGUGUAGGACAUGCUGCCUUAUGUUUAGACCAUAAUUCGAUUACAGUGUUUACUUACAGGAUGAAGAGCAAAUUACAAUCUUAUCAAUAUCCUUGUUAACUUCUUUAGGUGUGUAUGAUUUUCUUCAGUAUAUCAUAGGGAUGGUGUUUAUUACUGAUAUGUCAUGAUAUUUGGUUUAUAUCAUGACAGCAAUUUCUAAAAGCUUUGGGGGGUUGAAUUUCUUGCCUUAGACUUCACAACAUAAGCACUUCUAGCACAUUAAAUCCUCUUUGUAUUAAAAUGUAUCUUAAAUAAAAUUAAUAAUGUGAUAAAUUUGAAGUGAUCACCUUUCAUGAUGACUCUUGUUUAAUUUGUUUGUAAUGUUUCAGUAGCCUGAAUGUUCGAGCAGGCACUGAUAUUUUGUUUUAAAUAACUCCACAUUUUAAAAAGCUAAUUUCUGUCUAUGGUGUGUUAUCAUCACUGACUGUAUAAUGUUUUGUAAUUCAUUUAAAUAAACCUUUUCCAUCUUAAA